GAGAGAGGAACGGGCUGGACCGACCGGAUGUGGUGGAGGACACAGGGGAGGCAAUCGUGAGCCCCCCAGUGCCACCAGAUGGCGGGUGGGGAUGGGUGGUCAUGUUGGCCUCCUUCAUCAUCAGCAUAUUGGUGGACGGUGUCUGCCUGAACAUUGGCGUGUUCUUCCCGUACUUCCUAGACUAUUUCCAAGAAUCUAAGGGAAAGACAUCGGUGGCUGGUUCCGUUCUCAAUGGGACCUAUCUGCUGGUUGGCCCAAUCACCAGUGCACUCACCAACAGAUAUGGAUGUCGGAAUGUUACAAUUGCCGGUGCCAUGGUUUCAAGCGCCGCUUUCUUUCUCGCCACUUUCUCACCCAACGUCGACGUCCUAAUUUUCCUGUAUGGAGCAGUUGCCGGAUUUGGGUUCGGCCUCAUGUACCUACCCGCCAUUGUCAUGGUUGGGUAUUACUUCGAGGCUAAGAGAGCCUUCGCUACAGGCGUGGCUGUGUGUGGGUCAGGCAUCGGCCUGUUCAUGUUCGCACCUCUCACUGAGCUACUUGUUAAAGAAUUCAGCUGGAAGGGUGCCCUCUGGAUUAUAUCCGCUCUGGUCCUGCACGGGGUUGUCUGUGGUGCCGCCUACCGGCCACUUCGGCCAACUAUAAGGCUGUCGACAGCAGUGAUGGAUAACCUUGAUGGACAUAGUGACCAACCCCCAACUUUAAUACUGCCCAAAAUUGUGAUAACUCCUGCCAAAUCGGACGAAUUGUUAAUAGAGGGUUCCAGUAUUUGGACACAGUCUGAAGCCCGGGUCUUGCAGGGAAGGACGUUGUCAGAGGAAUGUCUGAUGAAAGCUGUACAUUUUCAGCCAUCAGGUCAACAGAACUCAUCUGUCGCACCCUCGGGAACUACCUGGGUGGGGCGGCUAGCCAAGAGCCAAGACAUAUCACUGCUGAGCCGUCAGCACAACAUCAAACAUUCACACAACAGAGAAGCGGAGAGAUUGUUCCGGCCACUAGACAAGAAAGACAUUUUCUACAGCGGAAGUAUUCCAAAUCUGCGGAAACUUCAGCCGGGUAGCAGCGUAGAAGAGCGUAAGGUUACUGUUGGAGGUAGCGGUUUGACCAUUUGCUCUGAGGAAGAAAACGAUGGUUCAACAAGGUGGAAAUGCUCAGCAGGUGCCACGAAAGUACUGAAGGAUAUGCUUGACUUUUCUCUUAUAUCAAGCCCAACACUUCUGAUCUACUUAAUCUCCUGUCUUCUUGUCAUGAUUGGGUUUUUCGUGCCUUUCGCCUACAUCCCCGCCUUGGCCAUUGAGUUGGGAAUUGACAGCACUCGUGCUGCCUUGCUUGUCUCCAUCCUGGGCAUUACGAACACCAUUGGCCGCAUAAUUUCCGGGCUGCUGUCUGACCGCUCUUGGGUAGACUGUGUCUUAGUUAACAACACCACCCUCAUAUUCGGCGGCCUCAUCACCAUAGCUGUGCCUUUCCUUUCCACCUUUCUCCACUUGGCAAUUUACGCGGCUUUAUACGGCCUCUCCAUAUCUCCCUUCGUAUCGCUGCGCUCUGUCAUUCUGGUCGAGCUGCUCGGUUUGGACAAACUGACCACCGCCUUCGGACUGGUCAUCUUCUCACAGGGUGUGUCGUCCUACCUCGGCUCCCCUAUUGCAGGUACUCUUUCCGACUCAACAGGAAGUUACAACAUCGCCUUUUACAUGGCCGGAAGUGCGCUCAUAGCCUCUGGAAUGAUGGGACUCCCACUCCGAAGACUGUCAAAGUGGGAAAAUCGAAAAAACGCCGGGAAGGACCCAGACCUAAAAACAGUUGAGGAGGCAUCGAAACUCAUGUGAUGUAUUUUUCAUCCGCGUAAUUGUUCGUAAGUCGGAAGAAUUGGUAGUCAAUACAAACUUCAUAUAGCGAAAUAGCAUGAAGACGAGUUAUAUCCCCAUUGACUCGACCAACUGUAUACAGCAUGGUAAUCCACGGGCAAAGGGAGGCUACUCUAAUGUCUACGGGGUGGAGAAGAACCAAGAAAAAAUACCGGCUGGUACAUGGAGGCAUGCUGACACCCUGUUUGUUCCUACUGGAAUUGCACAUGUAGAGCAUACCUGUAAACUGUGAAGGCUCACUUACAAGGUGGAUGAAUGAAGGACUUGCUAAUUUUGACGCAUUAUGUGUGAGCGUUUGUCUGGGCGGUUCACGUGUCCGAUGUUCUCUCGCAGAUUAGUAUUAUUAUUAUUAUGGCGAUUUUUACAUGAAUAUGAGUGUAAGAGUAAAUGAAACACAUGUGUUACCUCAUCACAAGAACUCCGGAGCACAGGUGUCUGAUACAUUGGCUACAGACUAACUGAGUGUUCAGAAGGCUUUGAUGUAGGUCUACAGAUACUUUCUGGCAUAGCGAGCCAAGGAAGAACACGCCUCAAAAAGCGAAGCUGACUGUAGCUGUGACUGACAUUUGGUCUUUUCUGUUCUGUCUUUCUUUUUUUGUAUUUUUAUCUUUUAUUUUUCAUAAACUACAGAAUUAACUACACACUAUUAAGGAAAGCCAACUAAACACAAGACAAGAUUCCUGUUCCAGAUAGAAUUACCCAUCUAUGGUUGUUAGAUUCACCUGUGUGUAAAGUGUACACAGGUAUAAUAAUGUCUUAUGUCGAACCAGGCAUCAGUCAUAUGAGAUCAAAUCCAGUCGUUAUUUAAAAACAAAUACAGGGUACAUCUACCUAAGGAAUAACACAUAACCUGAUUAUUCAAUUUGCAAUGAAAGACUAGUACUCAA